AUGGCAGAAGCAGUGGGCGUCAUUGCCUCUGCACUCACCAUUGGCGCUGGUGCAGCUCAACUCUCGCUCGCUCUCUUUAGUGUAGCCCAAACACUGAAAAACGCCCCUGUUGAGAUUGCUGAAAUAGCACAAGAGAUCCAAUCCUUGGCCGAGAGCCUCCAGAUGCUUGCAGAUAUCAUUGGUGGUCACAAGAAUCUGUGCAAGCCUGAGCUCUUUGAGAGGACACGUAGUAUCAUAUCGCGUUACAACGAGGUCGAUGCAGAAUUGAGGAAGCUCAUCGACUCCCCUCAUAAGCUAGCGAGGCUGAAGUGGUGCAUCAAGAAACCCAAAGCCAAAAGCCUUCUAAAGAAGGUUGAAGGGAUCAAAGUUGCUCUUGUUCUGGAGUUGAACAUUGUCCGGCUUGCACGAGAAGAGGUUAUCAGACCAUACAGCGACGCGAACUUCAGCAGAUACAGCGACGCGAACUUCAGCGUACAAGUUCGCAAUACUCCAAAGGCCAAUCGUUUUCGCAGAAUCGUUGAAAGCGCAGUCCGGGCGAACCGACAAGUAGUAGAAGAUGCACGGCGCGAUGAGAUUAAGAAUGAUACCGAGAAACAUCCACAUGUAGCUGCAGAAUUAGAUCUUUGGAAAGCAGAUUCUUUCGACACCGCAACAUGGCUGUAUCAUCUUGUAUUCAGCCCUGAGUCACCAGAUCCACCAGCACGUCGGCGGUAUCAGGCAUCCGUUGAAAACGCCGACAAUCCUAAUCCGCUCUCGGAAGCUUCUCUUUCUUCCAUGGCUACUGGGUCGAACAUAUCUACAAACGUCAACGGCAAAGAAAUGAUAGUAUGGAGCAGACAAACAGAACCCAAUCAAGUGGUUGACAGACUGCUCUACGCGUGGACAACAUUGUCCCCUGAUCAAAUCAGUCUCAGUGCAACCCGCGAAAGUGGCGACGAAUGGAGAGACGACGUCAUGUCAAUGAUUGAAGAGGCGAAACCUGACGAUACAUCCUCCUUUCAGGAUUGGGAAACGAUUGCUGAAGGAGAUAAGGACGCUGCUGAAGUUAGGCAAGAAGCACACGACAGGCACGCGCGCAAACAUGAUGAACAGAAAUUGGAGCAGCUAGAAAGUUUCAUUGUCGAGCAAAGAGAAGAGCAACGGAGGAUGGAGAUCAGGUGGAGAGAAGAGAAGAAAAUCAUGGACCUCAGAGCUUCAGAGCAAGCUCAAGAAGCAAGGGAAUUAGUUGAAAAGAAAGUAGCUGCAGCUCAAGCCGCUAAAGAAGCAGCAGAAGCUUCACUGAGGUUCGCACAAUCAGAAGCAGACAAGAGAGCACGAGAGGAAGCUGCAAUCAAAGUAGCCGAGGAGAAGAAGAAAAUCGAAGAUGCUAACAAGCAGCAAAUUGAGCACUACGAAGAGCUUCUCCGAGUAGUCAAAGAGCAGCGAUCAGAAUCAGAUCAAAACAACCAGGGUACGGUUCGCCGAACUCGUAUUUCAGAGGGCAACCGCAGCAUCGACGUUACAGAAUACACGGCAGACAAGCGAGGGUCUUCUUCACUCAUGCCAAUACCCUCAUUUGGACACCUCCAAACUUCACAAUUCCGAUCGGACAGAUAUAUGGAUAGACAAGGUGACUAUGCUCGGUCUCGACCUGGACGUCGUGAAAGCUUUCACAGCUCAGUCACUUCGAUGCGAUCAUCACGAAGAUCACCAACGCCUACGAAUAGCUCAACAACCAGCAACAAGUCACAACAGCUGAUCGUGUUUCCAGCCAAAGCAAACAGGGAUUCGCCUGCAAUAUCCACUUUGCAAAGAUCCCUCGCAGAAUUCGGUGUUGACUGCGUCUUCCAAGACCUCGAGAGCUCGUCAUAUGACCAGCUAAUACCCUACUCAUAUGCCGAAUCCAAUGAGGAGCAGAUAGUCCACAGCACCAUACUCUGGGAAUCCCCAAUGCUCAGCCUAGGCAGCGAGCUACUCUUCAGUUUGCGAAAAGCCGGGUGGAAACCUACAUACACACGAACUUCGCGCAAAGGCCAAACCCACUUCCUCGGCAGCCAACCCCUACACACGUACUUCUUCCAAGCAGACUACAAGCCCCAAUUUACAACCUCUACAAUAACGCCCUCGGACGAAUCCAUCGCCAUCCACAGCGCCCUGGUCGAAAAAUACGCGCUGAUCGAACUGGGUUUUCUAUUCAAGCUGAAUGAAACGGGCUUCUACAUCUUGGAUGGCCGAUUAUCUUACCCUCGACACCGAAAGCGACGAUGCCUCUACCACGCCAUCGGAAAACCACUACGGUAUCCGUGA